UCCACAUUUGUUUGUGUUCCCAGCUGGCCGCUCUGCACGCUCUGCCACGUGCGUGUCGACAACAACGUUCUCGUGAACGAUAGUUAUCACCGCUGUCAUGGGAUUAUCGAGCAGACUGUUGAAGAAGCUGCGCGAUUACGGUGACAGUUUUCUGGAUGACGGGGACGGAACCACCCGGUCAGACGCGUUAAAGCAUGACCACAAGAAGUUGAGGCGCUCUAAAACAGAUCAGCGCAGAAAGUGCACCACGGCACCAACGAAGCUUACCGAGAUAGAGCGCAUGAGAUUGGAGCUCGGCCUUGACGAGGCUUGCAACGAACCAGCUGCCGACGCCCAGCCAGAGCCAUCGUGUGAAGAUCGACGAGUGGCCCCGACAAUAGUAUUCAAAGAUCCAACCAAACGCAAGGUAAAGAAACGGCAGCUUGAGGAAAAACACACUUGCAGUGACAUGCCGCAAAAUGUGAAUGAAAUAAGCUUCAAGAAAGCGAGACAUGAUGUGCUGAAGUUUGGUAUAAAAGGCCUGGACAAACCCAAGCAAGAAGAAGCCAAGAUUGCUCUUGCUGUGCAGCUUGGAGCCAAGCCCCCCAAGAACAACUACUUGAAUUACAAGGAGCUCGUUAAUGACAGAAAAGAGAAAAAAGUGAAGGAAAGAGAAGAAAGAAUUAUGAAUGCAAAGAUGGGUCUCAAGCCUAAAAGGCAAGGAAAUCUGAGGCAAAGGAAGACAAACCAAGCACAACAUGAAGGUGUCCACUAUGUGAGUAAAGAGCUGUUAUCGAAGGUAAAGCAAAAGAAAGGAAAGUAAGCAGCGUGUACAUACAAUAAAAAAUUUUAUUUGUACAAAUGG